CCAAAAAAACAUAUCACCAAACAGAGAAACUAACAAGCAAAUACUCCAAAAUAAUACGAACUCAUAAUAUAUCGUAUGCUCUAUAUACAAUAUAUACUCAUAAGAUAUCGCAUUUUUGACCAAAAUGAAGCGCAUACAUAUCGAUACAGCCGUACCCAACUAUCCCAGUGGCAAAUGGACAUGGGACGAAGCGGGUGAUUGCCUGAAAUUCGUCUCGCAUAGCGAAUUGGGGGAAGCUGGUGAGCGGUACAUUGACACAAAUGGAUACAAGUUUCUGCGCACAAUCGAUCAGCACGAGGAAACGGUUUUCCGUCAGGUGUACGUACGGCCCGGCGCUAGAUAUGAUUUGGACACCAUUGGGUUACAUGAUGUACGCGAUCUGGUGCUCUUCAUGAUGCCAAAAGAGUUUUUAACCUUGAAGUUUGUUGCCUUCAUCCAUCAGCCAGAUGUCCAUAGGCUGCUUCAUUCGUUAAUUCUUUACUUUAACUAUUUUCUUCAACUGGUGGAGUUCAUUUUGAUACGACGGGACGAGCUAUCGGGCAAUAAGGCCCAGGUGCAAAGCGAACAAACGAAUGAAGUGAAGCGAAUAUGGUCAACCUACUUGGGCCAGUAUCGCCUAUUGGUGGCCAGAAAUUACAGCGUCAUCUUAAAGAGCGAGGGUGAUCUGAAGAAGUACUAUCACACGAAAGAAAUCGUCCAUAUCUCAUCCAAGAUCAAGGAUCGUGCAUUCCACAGUCAAUUUCUGGCAUACGCAACUCAAGUCGUCUGGAUUACCCUGCACAGGCGUGCCUAUUUCAUUAUUGAAAUGGAAAUGAAUCGACUCUUCCGAUCUGAAUACUUUCUAAUGAACCGCAAAGAGUAUCCGGAAUUUACGCCGGUCGAGCGAUCGUUGCUCUAUGGCCGCAACUGUAAAAUUGUCAACUAUCGUGAGCAAAGAUCGCCGUUAAUUCAGGAGUUGCUCCAUGUAGCCGAUGAGGAUAUGCCAAUCCUAUGGAUCGGCGAACGAAUGUAUCGUGGCUCCGAUCAUCGCAUAGCCGAACUGGAACUGGAGUAUAUGGUGCCCGAUAUGCAAUUGUAUAUGGUCGAUAUAUCGCACGGUAUUCUGGGUCAUCCGAAAACACUUUACAACACCAUCCUCGCCUUGGACUGGCCAUCAGUACGCUAUUCGAACUUUUCAUUGAAUUACGAUCCAUAUUAUAUGAUAAGGCAGCCGGAACUGCAUAUACCCAACAUCAAUGAUAUGGCGUUGCGCCGAAUGUCGAAGAACCUGGAGCACUACUACAAAAUAUUUCGCAUCUACGAGCAAGCUUCGAAAGCGGUGCUCAUGAAUUGGGUCAAUCGGGUCAAGGUUCUCGAUUACUAUCACACUGGCGGAGUUCUUCAUACUCUUGAAAGGAGCUGUGAGUUACAGCUGAAGAGCGAUACGCGACAAGUGCAUGAGAUUGUUGAACAAUUUAAGGAUACAAUGGGAAGACUACGAAAAAAGAAGGUUAAAACUAUGGGCGACGUUGACCAAACGAAUGCUGCACCGGACGAAAAGCCCGAUUAUGUACUCAAGGGCGAUGACGUAUACUUUGCAGAGUAGUUCAGAUUCAUUCAGACCAAAUGGAAAGAUUGGAAUUGUGCUUCAAAUUGAAGUGAUCGUUAACGAUUUCAUUCAAUUUGACGAUAGCAGUUAGAAUUACGCUAUUAAACUGUUAUAAUGCUGGCAUCAAAAGCUAAACUAACUAUAAAUAAACCAACAUAAAACA